CGACGUUCCAUUGUAAGCAACAACACAUGUCUAAAGCCGUAAUUCGUAAAUACGGCAAAACAUUCAUGACUGAGUAAAUGAUAAAUUAUCAUAUUCCGAAAUUGUACAUAACUCGUGCUGUCUUGUUUAUUUAAAGUGAGAAGAAAUUAAGACCUUCAGUAAUUAAAUCUUAAGAUGAGUGAAUUAGUCUGGGGUAUAAAAAAUGGCGAUCUUGAUCAGGUUCGCGAUAUCAUAGAGAAAAAGAACAUUGAUGUUAAUCAAACUAUAGAUGGUAGAACACCGCUUCAUUAUGCAGCCGAUUAUGGACAGAGUGAAGUUGUUAGGUACCUUCUGGAUAAAGGGGCAGAUGCAAAUGCAACAGAUAAACAUGGCAUCACAACUUUACUGGCAGCAAUUUGGGAAGGACAUACAAAUUGUGUUAGAUUAUUGCUCGAAAAAGGAGCUUCAGCUACUGGAAAAACACCAGAUGGAAGUAGUUAUUUAGAUGCAGCUGAAAAAGAUGAUAUAAAAGAUUUAUUAAGGAGUCAUUAAUACUAAACCAAAAGUUGAAGACCCAUAUUAUCCAAGCUUUUUAAUUCAAUUUUAAGUGUACUUUGUAAGCUAGAAAAGAAACAAAUUUUCCUUGGAAAAGAUAAUAAUGGUAUUUUUUGUUAAUUUUUUAUACUUGGCUUAAUUUUAAAACAAAUUAUACUCUUAAAAUGUUUACUGUUAGUUUUGUUGAAACUUAUGUGCAAAACUUCUAUUGUUUUAAAUGAAGUCGGAGAAAGAUAUUUCUAAAGCAUUUUGGUAUCAAGUUCAAAAGUGUUGACUAAAACUUUAAAUAAUUAAAAUUAUAUUUUUAACAACAAAACAGAUAAAAUAGAUGCA